GCUCAGAUCAAAGCGUCUCUCUCCCUCUAGUCGCUCACAGUGGCCGCCGCUCACUAAUGGGAUUGCAGGCUGGUGCCUGGCUCCGCUGCUGCUGCCGCUGCUGCUGCUGCCGCCGCCGCCGCCGGAGGGAGAGUCGCUGUCAGCUUUCGCCUAGACUCGCCGCGCCCGGGUGCUGAAGCCGCGGGGAUGAUCAGAAUCUUCCCGGAUUUCAGUGUGCAGGUGACGGCCGCAGCAGCCGGCGGGGCAGCUGCUGGGGUGCCGGCCGGGGCAGGCAUGGGAAGAGCUACCACCGCAGCCAACGGCAACCCGCAAAACGUCCAGGGCAUCACUUCCUACCAACAGCGAAUAACUGUCCAGCAUCCUCUGCCCAACCAAUCAGAAUGUAGGAAAAUCUACAGAUACGACGGCAUCUACUGUGAAUCUACCUACCAGAAUUUACAAGCCUUGAGAAAGGAAAAGUCCCGAGAUGCUGCUCGCUCCCGUCGGGGAAAAGAGAAUUUUGAGUUCUAUGAAUUGGCUAAAUUGUUGCCGCUUCCUGCAGCUAUCACCAGCCAGCUUGACAAGGCGUCCAUCAUCCGACUUACAAUUAGCUAUCUGAAAAUGAGGGACUUUGCAAAUCAGGGAGAUCCUCCAUGGAACUUGAGAAUGGAAGGACCUCCACCCAAUACUUCAGUUAAAGGGAUACAAAUGUGGAAAUCUGAGGUCUGCAUGAGAAAGACACCAUGUGAAGUUAUAGGUGCCCAACGAAGGAGAAGCCCCAGUGCUUUAGCCAUUGAAGUAUUUGAGGCACACCUGGGAAGCCACAUUUUACAGUCCCUGGAUGGAUUUGUAUUUGCACUAAAUCAAGAAGGAAAAUUUUUGUACAUUUCAGAAACUGUCUCCAUCUACCUUGGCCUCUCCCAAGUGGAACUGACAGGCAGCAGUGUGUUUGACUAUGUUCACCCAGGAGACCAUGUGGAAAUGGCAGAGCAGCUGGGCAUGAAGCUUCCGCCCGGGCGAGGCCUCCUCUCACAGGGGACAGCAGAGGAUGGAGCCAGCUCAGCGUCUUCAUCUUCUCAGUCUGAGACCCCUGAGCCAGUGGAAUCAACAAGCCCCAGUCUACUAACCACUGACAACACCCUUGAGCGCUCCUUUUUCAUCCGAAUGAAAUCGACUUUGACCAAGCGCGGAGUUCACAUCAAAUCGUCAGGAUAUAAGGUGAUUCACAUAACAGGCCGGUUACGUCUGAGAGUAUCCUUGUCCCACGGUCGGACAGUUCCCAGCCAAAUCAUGGGUCUCGUAGUGGUUGCUCAUGCUCUGCCUCCUCCUACGAUCAAUGAAGUCCGGAUUGACUGUCACAUGUUUGUUACUAGAGUAAAUAUGGACCUCAAUAUCAUUUACUGUGAAAAUAGGAUUAGUGAUUAUAUGGAUCUGACCCCUGUAGAUAUUGUAGGGAAGAGAUGUUACCACUUCAUCCAUGCUGAAGAUGUGGAAGGAAUCAGGCACAGUCACUUAGACUUGCUGAAUAAGGGUCAGUGUGUGACUAAGUACUACCGUUGGAUGCAGAAGAACGGAGGAUAUAUUUGGAUACAGUCUAGUGCUACCAUAGCUAUUAAUGCCAAGAAUGCAAAUGAGAAGAACAUCAUCUGGGUCAAUUAUCUCCUUAGCAACCCAGAAUACAAGGACACUCCAAUGGAUAUUGCACAACUCCCUCAUCUGCCAGAGAAAACCUCUGAGUCCUCGGAGACCUCUGAUUCUGAAUCAGACUCAAAAGACAACUCAGAGGACAACGAAAACUCCAAGUCCGACGAGAAGGGGAACCAAUCCGAGAACAGCGAGGACCCAGAGUCCGACCGGAAGAAGUCCGGCCACCAGUCGGACAACGAAAUGAACUGUAACGACGACGGCAACAGUUCCAGCAAUCAGGACAGCCGGGACAGCGACGACAGCUUCGAGAACUCGGACUUUGAGACCCAGAAGGCCACCGAAGACAGCUUCGGCACGCUGGGCUCCAUGCAGAUCAAGGUGGAGCGCUACGUAGAGAGCGAGACGGACCUGCGACUGCAGAACUGCGAGUCGCUGACUUCGGACAGCGCCAAGGACUCUGACAGCGCGGGCGAGGCGAGCGCCCAGUCAUCCAGCAAGCACCAGAAACGCAAGAAGAGGAGGAAAAAGCAGAAGGGAGGCAGCCUGAGCCGCCGCCGGCUGUCCAGCACCUCGAGCCCCAACGGGCUGGACGGCGCGCUGGUGGACCCGCCGCAGCUGCUCUCGUCACCAAACAGUGCCUCAGUGCUCAAAAUCAAAACUGAGAUCUCAGAACCUAUCAAUUUUGAUAACGAUAGCAGUAUUUGGAAUUACCCGCCCAACCGGGAAAUCUCAAGGAACGAAUCGCCCUACAGUAUGACCAAGCCCCCCAACUCCGAGCACUUCCCCUCCCCCCAAGCCAGCAGUAGUUUACACGUGUCCAUUCCAGACUCUGUCCUCACCCCGCCGGGGACCGAGAACACUGCCAGCCGCAAAUCUCAGUUCAGCACCUCAUCCAACUCGGCCUUGGCCCCCGUCUCCUCCGACCCCCUGUCGCCCCCGCUGUCCGCGUCCCCCCGGGACAAGCACCCCGGCGGGGGCGGCGGCGGGGGAGGCGUCGGGGGCAGCGGGGGCGGCGGGGGCGGUCCCAGCACGUCUUCCAACUCUUUGUUGUACACUGGGGACCUGGAGGCCCUGCAGAGGCUGCAGGCGGGCAACGUGGUGCUGCCUCUGGUCCACAGGGUCACGGGCACCCUCUCCGCCACCAGCACGGCCGCCCAGAGGGUCUACACCACUGGCACGAUCCGCUACGCGCCCGCCGAGGUUACUUUAGCCAUGCAAGGCAACCUGCUCCCCAACACCCACGCGGUGAACUUUGUCGACGUCAACAGCCCCGGCUUCGGGCUGGAUCCCAAAACACCGAUGGAGAUGCUCUACCACCACGUCCACCGACUCAAUAUGUCGGGACCCUUCGGGAGUGCAGUGAGCGGGGCCAGCCUGACCCAAAUGCCGGCAGGGAACGUGUUCACCACGGCCGAGGGACUUUUUUCCACUCUUCCAUUUCCUGUGUACAGCAAUGGUAUUCACACUACACAGACUCUGGAGAGGAAAGAGGAUUGAGACAUGACCACAUUACUGUGUUUCCAGUGUUACACUCUCGAGGCAUAGACUAUGUUUUCAUUUAGACCCUUAAUUCUAGCACUUUGAAUUUCAGCAGGUCAGCUUAUUCUCUCAAACACGAUGGGUUCCCCCAUUCCAUACCCUUUCUCGUUAACUUGACAUUCUUUAAUGUAAAUUUUUUUUAAUUUUAAUUUUUUUUGCCUCCUGAGGGUCAGAGUACCAGUUGCCUGCCAUUUUUGUCUUCUUCUGAGAUGUGUGUGUGUGUUGUUUUAUUUUUUUUUCCUUUGCAUCUUCAUUGAGAUGCCUUUAAUGUGAGAAUGCCUCUGCCAUAGAAUACUCAGUGUUGUGGUAAAGAGAUUUUAAAAAGUGACAACCAUUGGUUUUUUCCUUAGUCAAGAUCUUGAUGUGAUCAAGAUUGAAAGAGACAAGCAUAAACAAUGUGCCCUGUUUGACUAAGUCAAAUGAAAUGGGGUUUUUGUUCCUAAUUCCUUUAAAAAUAGGGGAUAGUAUUUUAGAAUUUUAUGCAGAAUUUAAUUCUCUUUUUAUGGUUAAGAUUUUCUUACUUGCACAUACAAAAUAAUUUGGGUUCUUAAAAACUUAAUUUCUGGCCUGUGACUAGAAUGUUUAAAAAAAAGUUGGACUAAAUGUUAAUUACUGAAACAUUAACUUAAUUUCUAAAACCAUGGUGCUAUCAUUUAUUAAUCUGUAACGUCUUCAUACAAAAUGCAGCUCAGUGGGCUGGGUUUUGGAAAGGCAUGUGUUCUGUCCUGGUCUGUAGUCAGUUGCUGCAGUCUCCUUGGUUAGUUAAGACAAAGCCCUCAUUAACAUUUGCUGCAGGACUUAAAAUUUUUACCUCCCAACUAACAAACAUAGCCUCACAUUAAAUUUAAUGGGUCAGUAAAGCCUUUUUUAAAAAGCGCUUUCAGAAAACUCAAUUAAACUGACUUGAGGAGCAGUUUUAGGUGCAUACUGUGUUCCGUUGUUCUAUUUUCCUUUUUUUUCUCAGUCUAACUGAGGCUAAUUUUACAACUUCAGAUAACACUUUGGAGUAAAAAAGGAAGAAAAAUAUUUAACAUUUUUUUCAUUUGUUGCUAUAGAGGGAAGGUUCUAUUUGGGGGGGUUGAUUUGGUUUUACAGAUUUUUUUUUUGGUUCUCUUCUUUUUAGUGUCGAAACCAAUAUGUUUUAAAAACUAAAGAAUGGGUUAAUAAGCUUCAAAUAGAUAACUACAACUGAAAACUGCACAUUAAGUAAAAGAAAAGAAAUCUCCUAUUUUGUCUUUGUUGCCAGAAAUCACGGUGUAGUGUCAAACACUCCAAAUGACUGUCAAGUAUAAAUUCUUCUUCCACUCCAUCUUUGGCAGCUGUUUGUUAAGGCAUCUAAUAACAGGUGUGAGAACUGUAAUGUGUACAAUGUGUACGUGUCGGCUGUCAGUCCCAUUGAAGUUUCAAUAUGUGUUACUAUAUGCAGUAUAUACUAAGCUAAUGUAGUUGUUUUGUCCUUUGUCUUCUCUGUGCUUUAUCUCUAGUCCGGAGUGGUAAAGUCCCAUUCCUGCAGUCCUAGUGAACCAGUGAUUCUUGGGGGUUAGUGGUUUUUUGUGUGGUGGCCUUCCUCUGUGACGUCACCGUAUGCUGCUUCCACUGUCUGUAUGCCUUCUUUAAUUUCUGCCGUUGCUUUGUUGUUGUAUAUUCUCCCACUGCUCCUUUCUUUCUCCUCCUCUUUCGACUCCCCUUUUCUCUCCCUCCUUCCUUCCUCCAAACCUCCCCACCCCCUUUUCAUUCUCAGAGAUAAAAAGACUCUUAACUAGCUCAAGGUUAAUGGAGCCAUUUUUUUCCCACAGUGGAAUUCUGGGUAUGACUUACUCUUCAAGUGUGCCAUGCAAUGCACUGAAGAGUGAUGCUCAGAUAUAUUAAACAAAUUGAUGCCAUAUCGCCUCAGUUGUUAACAUUCCCAGAGUCCCUUGUGCUCUAAAUGUAAGCAGAGGGUGCUUUUCUUUGGUUUUCUCCCAGCUUGGCCUAUGGAGCAAUAUAUAGAAUAAUUACCAGUGAGGUAGAAUAUUCUUUCAAAAGGUCAACCAACACUGUUAAUUUUUUUUAAAGGGGGGGAAAACUGAGUUUAGGAUUGUCAUGUAUAUUUGCUUAUGUGUGCAAUGCUAAUCUAGUAACUCAGCUGUCCUUUAAGUGUUACUGGGUUAAGCCGAUUCCUCUUGUAGCUUUGAAUUUGAGGCAUUGGGCCUAACCCAUGGUGGAAUAAUAGCAAAAAAUAAAAAAUAAAAAAAAAGAAUUGGAUGCCACAAAUUUUGGUGAUGAGCUUAUAAAGGUUAUAUUUGAAGGAUUAAAGUAGGUUUAAAAAGCCAAGAAAGCUGAUUGAGAAAUUUCAAGUUUAAUUUUGGAAGCUCUACUCUAGCUAUUGAACAAUCAAAGGAAUGCACCUAUCAGCUACAAAGAACAGCUAGACAGCUGUUGUUUUGUUUUUGUUUUUUGUUGUUUUUUUUUUAUAAAUGUUUCUGUGUUGUGUCAAAAUGAUUUCUGGUGAUUUAAACUAACAGAUAAUCACAGCUGCUGUCUAAAUCCAUAGUGUUUAAAAUUACAAAAUGAAAAAAAAAAAACCUUCAUUACCUGUGAAGACUGUGUCUGUGUUUUUAACUAUUUCUUGUACAAAUAUAUGAAAUCUUUUAUGAGGAGACUGGUGCCAAGUAGCUGAAUAAUGGGGAAAGGGAUAUUCUGUUCGUAUAAAUCUUAGCGGUGUUACCAACUCUACAACAUAAAAAAAAAAAUUAAAAUGUUAAAAAGCGACAGCUAUGGUACAUUUAUUUUGUGUUAAGCUAACCGAAUCUAACUUCUUGAGUGCCUGGCUUAUUUUGAGACAUUUUUUUUCAUUGACCAUUGAUAAUGCUGCAAAUCAGAAAUGUACAUACUUCAUUUACAACAGGGUUCUUUUUAUACUUUUGUAGAUCCUCAUACAUGUCACAUACAUGGUUGUCUUUAUGUAACUUAAUUUUUUCAUCCGCAGGUGCCAUUUUCAUAAUAAACUUCUCUUGGAUUUGUUA